CCUCCGCCUGCUGCUGCCGCGCCGCGGCGCUCGCGUUCCUCCUCGCCGCGGGCGCGGCCACGGCGCUGCUCACCUUCUCCUUGCCCUCCUCGCCCAGCGCGUCCGCCACCACAAGGACCGACUUCACCGGACAACUGUUGGUGGGGAACCAGCCGCCGCCGCACUUGUCAGCGCCUCGUGCACCCGCCACACCGCCCCCUCCUCCGCCGUCCCCGCCCGCCGUGAGGCGUCGAAGGCGAGAGCCGUCGUACUGGAGGAUGGCGCCGGAGGAGGCGCUGCGCUACGCCAAGAAGGAGAUACGCGACGCCGAGCCGGUGCUCGACGACCCUGACCUGUACGCGCCUCUGUUCAAGAACGUCUCCCAGUUCAAGAGGAGCUAUGAACUGAUGGAAAGGAUACUCAAAGUUUACAUUUACCAGGACGGCCGGAGGCCCAUCUUCCACACGCCUCCGCUCAGCGGCAUCUACGCCUCCGAGGGCUGGUUCAUGAAGCUCCUCAAGGAGAGCCGCCGGCAUGUCGUCGACGAUGCCACCAAGGCGCACCUCUUCUACCUGCCCUACAGCUCCCAGCAGCUGAGGCUCACGCGCUACGUCCCCGACUCCCACGACCUCAGGCCGCUGUCCGUGUACCUGAGGAAUUUCGUCAGGGGCCUGGCCAUCAAGUACCCGUUCUGGAAUCGCACCAGAGGAGCCGACCAUUUCCUCGUCGCCUGCCACGACUGGGGACCUUACACGACGACAGCGCACCGCGACCUCCGCAAGAACACCAUCAAGGCGCUGUGCAACGCCGAUAGCUCGGAGGGGAUCUUCACCCCCGGGAAGGACGUCUCCCUGCCGGAGACGACCAUCCGGACGCCGCGGCGGCCCCUCCGGUACGUCGGCGGGCUGCCGGUCUCCCGGCGGGGAAUCCUGGCUUUCUUCGCCGGGAACGUGCACGGCAGGGUCCGGCCGGAGCUCCUCAGGCACUGGGGCGGCGGGCAGGACGACGAGAUGCGGGUGUACAGCCUGCUGCCGAGCCGGGUGUCCCGGCGGAUGAGCUACAUCCAGCACAUGAAGAACAGCCGCUUCUGCCUGUGCCCCAUGGGGUACGAGGUGAACAGCCCCCGGAUCGUGGAGGCCUUGUACUACGAGUGCGUGCCGGUGAUCAUCGCCGACAACUUCGUGCUGCCGUUGAGCGACGUGCUGGACUGGAGCGCCUUCUCGGUGGUGGUCGCCGAGAAGGACGUACCGGACCUGAAGCGGAUCCUGCAGGGGAUCCCGCUCCGGAGGUACGUGAAGAUGCACGACUGCGUGAAGCGGCUGCAGCGGCACUUCCUGUGGCACGCCAGGCCCAUCAAGUACGACCUCUUCCACAUGAUCCUGCACUCCAUCUGGUUGAGCAGAGUGAGCCAGGUGGAGAUCGAGGCCUGAAUUGCCAAAUACUAUGCUGUAAUGCUACUAGAAGAUGAUUUAGGUUCUUCAGAUGUUUGAGAUCGAGAUACUUUUAGUUAUAGGGAUCUCUGUUCUUGGUUCAGACGUUCAGUACAGGCCUCUGUAACAGAGGCAGACUACCAUUUCAUCGCUACUUCGCUGCAUCAAGGAGUGUCACUCUGUCACAUGCCGCA